GGAGCCCCAUGUGCCUGUGUUUUGCAGCGGGCGCGGUCCCGCCCCUGACACGCAGCACAGGCGCGGCUCCGCUCCGGCUCCGGCUCCGGCUCCGGCUCGCUCGGGCUCGGCGCGGAAGGGGCGGCCCGGCGGCGGACAUGCCUCUGGCCAAAGACCUAGUGCAUCCCUCCUUAGAGGAUGAGAAGAGAAAGCACAAAAAGAAACGUCUGGUGCAGAGCCCAAACUCCUACUUUAUGGAUGUGAAAUGUCCAGGAUGCUACAAGAUCACCACUGUUUUCAGCCAUGCUCAGACAGUCGUUCUGUGUGUAGGGUGCUCCACUGUUCUGUGUCAGCCAACUGGAGGCAAAGCCAGGCUCACAGAAGGCUGUUCAUUUAGAAGAAAGCAACACUGAACCCUUCAGCAUGUGAUUUUUGGAUCUGUGUUCCGGAAAGCCUUACCAGUUUAAAAAUGCCUGUUACUACAACAAUGUAAUKAUGAUUGAUUUUGUACAAAUUACAUGCUACUGCUGAUUAAUCUGCUGGAAUCUCUUUUUCAAUAAAUGAUUUGAAGUGCAAGUUUUUCCUGUAAGUUAGCAGACAACUGAGCUCUAUUUUUAUAAUUUUGUGUUUAAACAGUAAAAAUCGUGGACUUUCAGCAUCCUUCCCCUUGUUGAUCAUAAACUACAGCAGUGUUAUGCAUGUAGUGACAGAAACUGCUUUAAGAAUGCAUUUUGUGURUUUUAUUACUGCAGCUACCCUAACUGCAAGGGUUGCAAAAAGCUAGGUAAGAUUUAAAAUGGCUCAUUUGCUUUCAGUGUUGCUGUAGUCCCUUCCCCAUCUUGGGCAACAUGGUGAUAAAUAAAAAUGUGAAGUUA